AUGAAAGUUUCAUCUUCAUCAAAACAGCGUCCUUUAAUCCUUACAAAUAAUUCUUCACUAUCACCGAAAUUAUUUGCUUAUUAUUCUUUACAUUGGGAACAAAAUCAAACGAAUCAGUCAAAUGAUUUAAUUGACAGUAAUAUGCGUUUUGAAAUAAAUUCAUGUUUAUAUUUUCAAAAUAUAAAUAAUACUGAAGAUGAUAAUGAAUUGGAACAAAUACGUGAAGAUGGUUGUGGAUAUGUCAUAACUUAUCCUCCUUAUAUUCAUCCAACAGAUAAUUUACAAAUAUAUAAUUUUGAUCGUACAAAAAAUUUUCUUUUAACAUCGAAUGAUGUUUAUUCUGACAAAUAA